AUGUCAGCGGUGGAACACGAAUCGAACGGCGACGUUACAGCUGCUCGGAUCGAUCGUGAUGAUGUUGCCCUACGCAAUAGGGGUAUUACGAGGGUCAGGCAAGCCAGCCCAGGGACAAAGAAUAAAACAGGAGAUAUACAACGAAAGGAAGGGGAGGGGAUGAACACGCAGACACACACAGAACACAGAACUGGAGAGGCCAACAGUUCGUCUUUGGAUGUUCCUGCCACCAGGGAAUGGGGAGGGGUAUCGUAUGGAGUGGAAAUAAGUGAGGCUGGGAGGGGAGAGAAGAAGAAAGUGAUUGUGGAAAGAGAGGCAGCGGGUAGAAGGGAAGCACAGAUAUCAAUCCACCAGAUGGGAUGGAUCCACCUUGGGAUGAGCAAGGGAACAGCUGCGCUAAGCAGAGCAGCAGAAGGGGGGUUUUGCCCACCUGGAACCAGUUCCGUCCACCGCAGUUUUAAGAAGCUGAGGUUGCCUUUGGGCAGAAGUGGGAAAGAUGAAUAUUCCCGAUUAGGACAAGUGGAUAAGAUUAAAGAGGAUGAAGCAGAAGAUGAUGAUGAGAAGGGGGAAAGCGAAGCUUGA